CAGAGCUUACGUCAGAUCCUCCUCACGUCGAGGAGCAGGAGUUGUUAGCAUGUUAGUCGGCUAACGUUAGCCUGUCAACUAUCUAGCUUGGUCGUUUAAUGUUAGCAGACGUCUGCCCAGAUCGUCCUCACUGUAUAACGGAAUAGCCGUAAUCAUCAGUGCGUAAAUCACUCUUGUUUUGCUUUUCAAUGUGUUGUUUUGUAAAAACAACUUUAAUGGGAUAUAAACCGAGUUGCUAGCUCUGGUUGGCUAAUGUUAACGAAUUAAAUGAGCUUGUAUUUUAGAGAUAACGUUAGCAAGUCUACGAAACCAGUCUAAAUAUAAAAUGUUCUUCACAGUGAUAGACUUCAGUGCAGCUUAUCUAAACGUGACCAAGUCAACAAAGUUUAACAUUAAAUAAUGAAAGAAGUCGGAUUGUGUGUAACGUUACUGAAGUAUCUGGAGAAGGUCUGAGUUCCCAAGGCCUGUGCAUUGAAACAAUAACAUCCGUAUAGGCGUACCAGGCAGCAACUAUAACCCAUGCACGAGGCUCUAUCCUUGGUCCACGCGGCCAAUUGAACGCGCCGAGUGUGGAGGUAUGAGAAAUGGCCUGGAAGAGCAUAACUUAUCUUACUGAAACUAGCCAAUAGUAGUGUCAGUGUGUUUGUUAUUCUGUUAAAAGAAUGUACGUCUCUUGGGUUGAACUAGGCUGUUGUGAGAACAUGUAUUAUAUCCAUAAGAUAACGUCGCUGAGAUUCAUUUUAGCUAGUAACUUACGUGGCUGACGGUUAGCGUUAACGUACAGUACAGGCUUACUUGUGUUUUAAUGCUAGCUAGCAUAUUUUAGAAGUGUUGAUGGUUCGCAGGCAAACUGUCAUCCAAAUUAUUGACUAUCGGUCCCUCGCUAAUUUGUACCUGUAAACGGAGACUUAGCCUGCAACAACUAUAUAGUGGUCAGAUUUUGCACUAGGAUUCGGUUUAAUACUAAAUGGUCGCCUGUAACUAACUUCUAACUCAGAAAUUCCCAGUUCGAUAUCUGUAAAGUUGAGCUUUUCUGGCCGGUUGACAUUGUUAUCAAGCAGUUGUAGGGAGCUGCUUAGCUAGAAUGAAGGUGCAAGUGGACACAAGUCAGGCUGAAUCUGGUAGCUUUCCAGAUGUAUCUUCGCACCUCACGGUCUACCACAAGGACGUGACAGAGAACAUUGGUCCUAGACGCCUUGUGUUACACAGUUCUAAUGCUCUCUUUCUGCCCAAUGGGACCUCAGCUUCAGGCUCAGUGGUGGAUAACACAUCUCACUUAGACAUUAGGGAUGAACUGAGAGUAGUCUCAGAGGAUAGUAGAGCUUUAUCAGAAGUAUGCUCACAAAAUGCAUCCAGCGAUGAUGAUGACUUAAGCUAUGAAGUGCAACAAGCCAACAGGAUAUUCCACGAUUUCCUAUUAGAGAAACACAAGGCCAUCACUACUCCCCUUUGGAACCCAGUUGGUAUACAGGACCAAUCACUUGCAGACUCUGUGCAACAAGGAAUGUGCCUCAAGAGAAUAGAUGAAAAGUUUGUGAACCGGGAAUAUGACAGUAUCACAGACUUUGUGGCUGAUUUCAGGCUGAUGCUUGAGAACUGUUACAGGUAUCAUGGUGUUGACCACUGGAUCUCAAGACAGGCACAGAAAUUGGAGAUAAUCCUGGAACAGAAACUCACUCUGCUGUCAAGAGUCCUUCGGGAAAAAACUAGUCUAGCAGUAACAUCCAAAGGUCGUUUUGGCACAGAGGAUGAAAAGGGAUUGGUAGGCUCAUCUUCAAGACGUAGAUCUGCUCCCCGUAGCCUGGUUUCUGUAACUUUGGGAGGCAGUGAGUCCAUCAUGGUGCAGGCUCUUCGUUUAGAGGAGCAACAAAGAGCUAAAGAAGAGAAGAGGCAGCGAGAACAUGAGAAGAGAGAGGCAGAGGAGGCAUCAGCGAAGGAAGUGGUGGAGUGGGAGCAAAAUCUUCUUUCUCAGGCAGCUCCAUGGCCAGUUGAUACACUGUGGGAGCUUCCUGCUAUUGGUCACUUUCUUUGCCUUGCCCAGACAGCACUUAACCUUCCUGAGAUAAUCUUUUUUGAGCUGGAACGUUGCUUGCUCAUGCCACGCUGUAGCUCUUUCUUGGCCAAGAUCAUGACCUCAUUGCUUUCUCAGCCCUGCCGUAGGUCCACUCUCCACCGAAGGGCGCCCCUGACUUAUAGCCGCUGGGAAGCUGAGUUGCGUCAGCGAGUACUGGGCUGGUACCACUCCAUUGGCCAGGUAGAGAAUCAGGUCGCCCGUGCUGAGCAGUUGGGACUCUGCAACCAGUUUUUCAAGACACUUGGUGAGACAAGUCCUCUCGAGGAGGCAGCCUUUCAUCUGUUGCCACUUAACCAGCGUGUGUGGCUCCUGAAGGGGCUCUGUGAUAAUGUCUAUGAGACGCAGAGGGAAGUACAAGAUGCUGUGUUGGGACAACCCAUUCAUGAGUGCAGGGAGUCCAUCCUUGGAUAUGACAGCCAUGAGAAUGCCUAUAUUCACUUUCCGCAUUUCUGCGGAGCUGACCUACGGAUCUACUGCCAGAGUCCCUGCACAGCACCUGAUGCACGCCUACCCCCGAUCUGUGUGAGGAAGGUAAACAGUAACAGACCAGCCAAAACAUCUUUUGAUGAUGAAAAGUGUGACUAUGAAAAGCAAAGAGGAGUUUGCUUCAGAGAAGGGAGAGGGGAGAGAAUAGCUUACCUAGAUGAAGUUAAUGGUGUAGGAGAAGGCAAGGUUGAAGCCCAGCAAAAGAGACCCAGUGCCUUCUUGUUUAGCUGCAGAACAGACACUUGUGGGUCUUGGGCUGCCAAAGAGGAGCCAGGGGGUGUGGAGAACAGACUUCAGCUGACACAGGAUGCGGAGCCCUCUUCUGAAAGUGAGCCUCAACUCCAGGAGGGAAACCACUGCUUCACAGGGAAGUCCUCACCAAACUUCUCAGUCACACAGGAGGUCCAAGAGGGGUUAAUAAAACCUGGACAUUUGUGUUCUCAGGCAAACUUACUCCAUGUGAGACGCCAAGGCCCUUGCUCUGAAUGUUCCAGAACUGCAGGGAUGAGGUCAGAGUGUACUUCGUGCAAUUCUAAGAUCCGACUUGCUUCCCGCACCUCCAGGCUUGAUGAGCACGCAAACCAGCAGCAAAUGCACACACAGAAAAAGAAAAAGACAGUCAUGGAACUGAGGACCAAAAGUUGUCGAGGCAAAACAGGUUCAGUGAGGAAUGGACAGGUCAUAGCAGCCAAGAGCACCCUGCGAAAAGCAGCCUGCACUAUUAAGAAGAAGGACAAGAGGAAAAAGAGAAAGCUAGGGAAGAAAGUCAGAUCCAGAAGCAUGGCAAGAAAGAAGAAGAAAGAGGAUCUGUCAUUGCCGCUUGAUCCCACAUUCAAGUUGGUCUGUACCAGUUUGGAGGAAUUGAGGGAGCUCAUUAGUAAAACGGAAGAUGAGAUGGAUGAGUUGGAAAGCACAAAAAAGAAAUCUGGGAGGUGGCAUUACAGAAGAGAGGCUGUGAAAGAGCUACACAUCACUCUCAUUAGACUACUUAAUGAGCUGUCGCCAUGGGAACCAAAACUCAUCAAAGCCUUUCAGAAGAACAGGGUACGAUUGAAGAAGGACUAUGAUGAUUUCAGAAAACAUCCAGAUUAUGAUGUUUUUGUUAGAGAGGAAUUACUGGUGGAGGAGGAGGAGUUAAGGCCACACAAAUGUGUAAACUCCCCAAUGGAUUUCCCCAUGGAGACUGAUGAGAAUAACAAAGAGGAGAAACCUGGUGAUACAGCAGUUGAUGGACCACAGCAACUAGAGGCACAAACUAUGGGGUGCAUCGCUGUAGUCAGACGGGACCUCUUCCCUCUUACUGAGUACCAACCUUCCAUACAUAGCUCUAAACGCCGAACUUGCAAUAUUGAUGAGGAUCCCAAUCAAAACAAGAAGAUCAAGGUGAGCACAGAAGACAAAAUGGAAGACAAUCCCAGAAAUGAAAACUCCACUGCACCCAACCACCAGUUCUCUGAGACAAACCCUGCUUUGAACAUACCCAUGGCAGGUGUCCAUAGAGGCUACAAACCAAUUCAAGCAUUGCUUGCAAAGAGUGUGGGAAACAAAGUGACUUUAAUUCAACAAGCUCCAGCAAAGGCUAUUCAUCAUAUGAGCCAGUAUGAAAGCAAGGUUUCCCCUCUUGCACAGGCCAAUGAACUCCCACAAACCCCUCAAACUGAACUCCCUAAACCAGCCCCAUCUAUCAGGCUACCCAUCACAUCUAAAUCUGCAACCGUUCCUAGAAGUCCUUUGCAGAUGGUGUACAAGGUACCAGGGGGAUUGGGUCUUAUCAAGAGGGAUGGCAGUCCACUGAAGUUUACAGUCCAACCAGUGAUGGAUCAGAAAAAUGGAGAAAAAACAAUGCAGAAGGUAGUGAUCUUGCCUACAAAUAUGCUAAUUGAAAAAUCAGAAAACUGUGACUCCAUGGAACAAGAGAGAAGCCCUGGAUGUAAAAUGUCCUUCACUAACACUCCAGUCUUCAGUGUACCUGUUCAACAUGUAGCUCCACUUAAAGAUUCCCAAGAUAAGUGGGUGCCCUCUCCAUCAGUCUCCUUGAAUUUGCAUACUCCAUCUACAUUGACCUUACAGGGUAACAGACCUCUGAAAGUUGCAAAUUCAAAUAGGUCCCAUUUGGGUUUCAGUACAGAUCCAAGUCCUAGUGAAGCUGGCGACAUCAGGCAGGAGCUGAAGACUGUGUGCAUCAGAGAUUCACAAUCUAUUCUUGUCACAACCAGAGGUGGAAAUACUGGAGUUGUUAAAGUCCAGACUUCUGACACACCUGGUACAUUGGCUGCCAAUCCUGUUUUCACUCUUUCUCCACAAUUCCAGGCUCUCUUGGUGUCCACAUCUUCACCAUCUGUAGCAGUGCCCUUGUCAGCAGAAAACAUGACAAGUACCACAGUAUCUCAGCCUUCUACUCUAACAUUCACAUCUCCUUGUCUAGCAAACCCAGCUAAUGCCUCUUCGAGUUCCUCUAGCAUAGCUACUCAAAGUGUCAAUAGUAAUUGCAUGAUACCUGUUAUCUCACAAGCUAAUGCAAUAGUAUCAGCAGAAACUCGGCAGAUCACCCAGAGCAAACGUGUAAUCCAGGCACAUCCAGAACACAGGGUUACAGAUCGGAUUCCAUUGAAAAAGAUUUUCCUAGUUACUCCCUCAACUGGUGACUCUUCAAAGAACACUACACACUCCACUGUCACAUCUGUGCCACAAGGAUCAAGACUUAUGUUUAUUAGUCAGAAGUCUGUUCCAUCUCUCUCUCCAGUUAUCAUUCCAAAGCAGACUUUGUUUCCUGAGUCCUCAACUACAGGAUCAACUGCUGUCUCAAAUGCUGAAUCCAUAUAUCGAAAUCUUAACCAUACUGAUGGCAGCAGUGUAAUAACUGAGGACCCAGAUAUACCUCAUAGGUUGCAUACACUAUUGUCUACUGAUUCUCCAGUCCCCAGCAGCAAAUUUAGACUAUCUGAAGUAUCUACAAAGAUUUUUCCAGACUGUGUUUCCAGAGCAGUUGCAACAAGUUCAAGUAGUUUUGUAUUUGUUCCGAGUGUUACAAGUGGCAGUCUAAAGGCAAAUGCUGCAAGAAAAGCUCAUUCUAAUCGUUCUAGAAGUCCUUCACUUGUAUUGACUGCAGAUCAUCUAGUUCCACCGGAGCUCAGUUCUGCCAAACUGAAGGAUGUCCCUUCCUCAGUAGUGCCUCUUUCAGUCCCCAGUAUUUGCAAGACAGCAGUGCAGAGUUCAGUUAACUUUAAAAAAAAAGACCUUGGUCUGUUGGGAGCAUCACAUAUUCCUACCCCUGUAUCAACACAAUCCCCUCUUAAAUCUUCACCAGUGAUACCAUUCAGGGUUGUCCCCCCCCUUUCAGUGGGUAGGAGAACUGUGGUACAAACCGUUAACUCUGUUGCCUCUCAAACCUCCUCCAUUAGACCACCAGCUGAACCCAAAUCUUCAACUACACCCAUGCACCAGAAAAUAGUGAUAAACACUACUGCUCCUCUUGCUCCUGGCACCCAGAUCCUCAUCAACAAUGCUCGAUUUGUUGUGCCUGCCCAGGGUCUUGGACCUGGCAGUCAUGUUUUACUGAUUUCUAGCCCCUUGUCUGCUUCAGAACCUCGACAGACUGCUAAUCUAACCAAAGCAAUUCCUCCUACAGGGGGUAGUAUUCCUGUCUCUAUGCCAGUUUUACCAUCAUUGCAAGGACACAGAGUUUUGACAUCAAUAACCCAGUCCCCUCAUGCAGUGCUUAAACUACCUGCAUCUACUGCUGUAAAAGUGGGCCAACUAGGACCUGUGCCUGUUGCUCUUUGUCCACCAGCAACACCUGUGGGAGCAGCAUCAAGUUGCACUGCACAUAUUCCUCAUUUAUUAGGAGCAGCUGUGUCCACAGGGAAACAGAACAUGUCAAGUGCAUCGAAGUUUCCCUCUCUGUUGACCUCUGAAGGAAAUCUUUCAACUACUACAUCCAUUCAAGUAUUAACCAACAGUGUCACACAGAUGUCCACUGCACCCUCACAGAUACAAGGAAGCCCCUUUGCUACAGCAAAACAGUCCUCUUUGCAUAGACCAUCUGUGAGCACAGCACCUAAAACCCAUCUGGUGUCUAUGGUGGCUCCGUUAGGGACUGUAACCUCUGUAUCGACAACCGUUACUAUGCCUUUCGCAUGCAGCUCAACAUCUAGAAUGCAAGCGAUGCCUGUUGCUACAGUACGGCCUAUUGGUAGCAGUCUCAACAAAAGACAGGCAACACCAAUCACAACUGUGUCCCCGUCAAGCAGCGCAGUCAUUAUGGCCCCAUGUCAGCACAUUAGUCAUGUCACACCAAAAUCUGUUCCUGUGUCUGUGGUUCUAGCUAAUUAUUCACAGAAUGAGGGAAAGACUUCACUACAGAUGUCUGCUCCAUCUGCACUAACAAGCUUCUCACACAAUAGACUUAUGGUCAGUCCAGAUGGAGCCAUUUUGAACACCAUCAGAAAUGCUGCUCUUGCUACCAUACCUACUGUACCUGCAGCAGCGAAUGGCUUGGCCUUCACCACUUUAGGUGUUUUGCCACAGCCCACCCAAGCAGGACCCAACACAUGAAAAGGAGUAUGUGUAACAGACAGUAAAAUGAAACUUGUGUGGUGGAAAUAUCUAAACCCCCAAAUCUGACUGUUGAAGCAGAAGCAAAAAUGCCUCUCCAUGCACCAAGUGUAUAUGGACACAUUUAGGCAAACAGGUCUUACAUGUUAAUUAUUUUAUAAAAUAUACUCUGAUGCUUGAAAGAAUCAUGAGGCCAGUAACUUAUGUUAAACUGUGGUCAGGAUUUUUUUUAAAUUACAUUUAAUGUUAAGAAGUAGGACCCAUAUGUAAAACAUACAAAAUAUAGGGAGGAUUAUUUAAAAGUCCAUACACAGUCUUGAAAAUGAUUGCAUAGUUUCGAGAGACCCUGGCAUCUAUUUUCUUACUGUUUCAAUUUAGUGAACUUCAUGAUGUAUUUGUACUGAAAAUUAGUUAAUUUAUCUUUUAUGUAAGGCCUGUGUCUAACAGUAGACACACAAUUUCUGGAAAUGGGUUACAAGACUAUGUAAUCGUAUGCUCCUAAGGUUUCAAGUCACUAAAUGCCUAAGUAAAGUUAUUUAUUACUUUCUUUCAA